AGGGUACGCCGAGCAGUGAGCAGUACCAGGCGGAUCGGGGAAGUCUCUAGACAGAACGAGGCGUACCGUGCGAAUGUCGCGGUUUUGAGUGAUAACGUUUUUUGUGUUUGGUGAUAACUAUGAACUGAAGGUGUUUCAGUUUAAAAUUGCUACGAGGAAUCGGUGUGAAGUUAAAAAUAUUUUUUUAGAGGAUAUUCGAACCUCAUCUACGUUUUUGAAAAUAAUAAUACAAAUGCUCCUCCCGGAAAAAAAAACAACUACACUUUUCUUCACACCUACCGUACAAUUUAACCAGACUAUACUUUGAAAAUAAUACCUGAGCAUAUCUUGACAAUAAAACGAUUAAAUUAAAACAGUAUCUGAUAAUGAGCGUAUUGUGAGAACUAAUCUGGAAAGGUGUAAUAGUUGUAGUGGAUAACGACAACGUUUGGUUGAUUCAUCGAGUCCUUUUAGGUAUUCCUCUCAAUUCGUCAUAAUAAUCGAUAUUUCCAAAGGAGGAGAUACCCUCAAGACUGACUGUGAUAUUAGAGUUCAAGAUGAUUUUAACUGUGAUUUUGAGUGUCGCGAUUACUCUGUGGAUAUUGCUUUGCGGUGGAUUGUACGCAUAUCACCACUUGAUCGAAGUGGUUUUAGAUCUGCCAUUAACCGGCCAAUCGCCUUGCACAGCUCACGCAGCAUUGAAACAAUUGAUAGAGAGACUUCUCAAAGAGGUGGUGAAUCUGCCAAGUCUUCAAAAAACACAAGAAAACUCGGCGCUAAGUUCAGAUCUGAACAACAAAACAUACGAAGAUCUUCUAGCUACGGCAAUAUUAAAUAAGGUAAUAAGUUCAAGCCAAAACACUCUACCGUCAUCUUCAGCUGCCAGCGUAUCCAGCCGCCCAACCAGUUCCUUGGGAAGAAGGGAUGACAAGGAAUAUUUCUUCGGAGAAGAGACUUUGGAGAGCAAAUGGAAGACCGCCGAUCUGGAAUCCACCUCGAUUUCCAGCCUCGAGGAAUGGAUCCAGAGCGAUUCUAGCUUCGGGACGAGAAAGUACGUGGACAGGCUUACGCUCACGAUUAAACAAGACAUCGAAGAAGUUUCGUCAACCGAUUCCGAAAAUGAAGAUGAUGACAACGAUGACAAGGAAUACUUUCACCAGAAGUCUUUGCUGUCCGAUGACGAACCAAAUUGGUUUCUUCAGAAGCGGCAGUUUCAAGGAACCGCCUCACCGGUGCCCGUUCCAAUGUUAGUCCCCAGCCCUGCGAUCGAAGCUAAGGUGCUCAUCGGGGACACGGAAGCGGACGAAACGUCCGAUCUGUCGGACGUAGGGUCGGACUUUGAGGAGACUGGGAAGACACCGGGAACUCAUGGCCUUCUCGUGGAAGCCAAAACGAUCAUUGGAGGAAAGAAUCCGGCAGUGCAAAACGGGGGUUCGGAGAGCGAAUCUUCUGCAGAUUCCGGUGUCAAAGAAGUCGAUAGGGAUAGAUUCGAGUAUGAUGACAGUGAUUUUGUACAGAGGACUGAUAUUACAGUGGACGACGAUAAUGUGGAAGAUGCAUCCUUACUCUCAGUAUAUAGCAAUAUAGAACAGGAAGCUGAGUAUACUGAAAGAUAUGCUUCACUACCGAGAACAAUAAUGAAGACACCGACUCCUCCUGCAAGGCCAUCUCUUCAAAAAGAAAUGUAUCCAGAUGGGGCAAAAAUCACGCAAGCGACAGUUAAUCACACCCACGAAAAAGAAUAUGACGAAGAAGACGGAAAUAUUUUGGAAAGACAAUUUUCCGGAACAUACAGUAGAAGAGAAAAGGAAAAGUGGAAACACGCCAUUGAGAUGAAAAACAAUCCCUAUUCGAAAGAAAAUAUCGAAAAUAGGAUAAAGAGAUCUAAUAGCGCAGUGUCAUCCCUAUUCGGUCCAGACUACUACGCGAAACUUGCUUCUUCGCCAACCGGAGACAAGAAGAAAUCUCAGAAGGGAAAACUAAUAGACAAGUAUCCUGGCUUCCCCAGUAACGACGAAGAAAUAAUUGGAGAUAUCCUCAAGAGAAACGACCAGCCGCAGAAGUUGGGAGUGAACUGGCCACCUGCAGAAGACAAAAACGAAGGCAUACACACCGCCGUUCCUGUAAUCUUAUUGGAUUCAGACGAAGUCGAUUCAUCGCAAACUCGAAUCCAGAUUGAAUCGAGGGAGGAACCCUCAAUAGGGGAAUAUACGACGAGCGACAGCGACUACAUCAACUGUUACGAAGUCGAAACCUCCCAAGUGUACAAAAAAUCUCGAGAGAAAUCUGACGAAAACGGGAAUCAUUACCAAGAAGAGGACAAGCAGUCUAAAAUUGAGCAAGAAAAACAACCCACUCAGCCCAGGGAGAAACCUAGAUUUCUGAAACUGAAUGCGCCCAUCACCAGCAGUGGUCGCACGAAGAAAUCGGACCCCAGAGUGCUGAAGAGAACACAAAGCGAGUCGGAUCUGCUUAACGAGUCCUUUUAUACCCCUCCAAGAGUACUGGAAAAGAGGAAGGAUAACACUUUGAUUUCGAAGAUCUAUCAAGAUCCGCGCGUUCAGAGUUUUGCCCUGUCCAGCAGGAAUAAAAUACCGGUCGUGGCCGACUCGAGAACUUUCAGGAAGCAAACGAGUGUGCCUGAUAUUGUUUUACAA